CGACGCCGCCGUCACUGUAACGUUCAAAAAAGUUUUUCAACUCCCUGUCUCAUGCUUCACCCCUUAAACGGCGCAGCAUCACUUCACCGACUAUCUUUCUUAUAAGUCGCGUCUCUCUAGCUCGCUCUCCCUCGUUGGAACGCGAAGAAAGUCAAAGAAACCCUACCUGAGUCUCUUCUUCCAUUUUUCCGAAACAAAAUCCAUCUCAGUUUCAACUAUUAUUGUUUUGGGUUUUCUUUUCUUUUCAUCAAAAGAAACAAUGGCUACAGUUAAUGGGUACCAAGGCAACACACCCAUGGCAGCUCCGGCGGGGACCCCAUCGAAGCAGACUGUGCCAACGGCAAAGACUGUUGAUACACAAUCUGUGCUCAAACGGUUGCAAUCUGAAUUGAUGGCGUUGAUGAUGAGUGGAGAAGCUGGUAUAUCUGCCUUCCCUGAAGAAGACAACAUAUUUUGCUGGAAAGGAACAAUCACCGGAAGUAAAGACACAGUUUUUGAAGGGACUGAAUACAAGCUAUCCCUUUCUUUUCCAAACGACUACCCCUUCAAGCCACCAAAGGUGAAGUUUGAAACCAGCUGCUUCCAUCCUAAUGUGGAUGUCUAUGGCAACAUUUGCUUGGAUAUUCUUCAGGAUAAAUGGUCAUCCGCAUAUGAUGUUCGAACAAUACUCCUAUCCAUCCAGAGCCUACUUGGAGAACCAAAUAUAAGCUCGCCUCUAAACACUCAAGCCGCUCAACUUUGGUGCAAUCAAGAAGAAUAUAGGAAGAUGGUGGAGAAGUUGUACAAGCCUCCAAGUGCGUAAUUAUGAGAAGGAGAUAGCAUUUUAGGUGCAGAAGCUUAUGUGGACCUCUUUUUCUUCCUCAUAGAAGGGAAGGGUGGGACGAGCUUGUUUUUUGACUUCUUUUCGCCUUUUUUUUUUUCUCGUGUGUUCUUAUUUCUGUAGUUGUUCUCCAUUCAGUGAUCUUACGUGGAAAGAUUGAAUAUAAAAUUGCUCCUCUCUCUCUCUCUCUCUCCCUCUCUCUCAUGGAGUGAAAAUGUAUUGUGUAUAAAAUUCCCUUAAUGCAUCUUACUUUUUUUUUUUCAAAGAUAAUAAUUCAUUGCAUGAGGAGAAAAAGGCAUGAGACCCAUUACAUUAUAGGAUAAAUCAACUACAACAAGAGCAGCAGAUUCAAGCUCUCCUAAACCCAACAUAACAUUAAGAUUUCAUAAACCAAGCCCCAACCCAACCUCCAACCACAUACAUCUCUAAGCCACACUGAAGCAGGCAAUAAGUAUGUUGGAAUCAAACCAAACAAACACGCAAAGAUUUCAAAAAUAGUAUCUCCUCGAGAAAGAAACUCAUAGGACCGAAAAACAAUAUGAAUAUCACCCUGAGA